AUGCUUAAUCGUCUUUCUCGACUUGUUAUUCCUUCGAGGAAAUCCUUUCUAUCGUUAGUGUGUAUCCCCGCCACAUCGUACUUAGUGUAUAAUAGGCUUUAUUCGAACAUGACAAUUUCUGCAUUUAUUGCCCCUCAAGCUGCUCCAUCAUGGAAUUGGAACCCAUCUAGGUUAUUAUUCGACGCUGAAUGUGUAAUUGAUAAUUCAAAUAGGCUUUAUGAUGAACUUUCAUCUCUAAAAAAGCCUACUGUCGAAAAUCUCGUCAGGCCAUACAUGAUUCAUGAGAACAAGAUUAGUCCCUUGAUCAAUAAAUUGUGCUUCUUACAACAUGUCUCUGAAGACCCAAAGAUAAGAGAAGCUUCUCUCAAGGCUACCGAAUUACUCCAGAAGUUUGAAAUUGAAGCUUCCUUAAGACACGAUCUUUUUUUACAAUUUGAUAAGAUUUGGCAAGAAAUCUCAGAAAAGAAGGAUGAUUUUGUUAAAGAGUAUGAUUUCGAGACUUGGAAGUUCAUUGAGAAAGUUCAUAAGGAUUACGUCCGUUCUGGUUUGAACUUACCAGAAGACAAGAGAGAAAAAAUCAAAGAAAUUAAAAUCAAAAUUGGUAAUAACUCUUUACAAUAUUCUAAAAAUUUAGGUGAACAGAAAGAGUUGAUUGCCUUCACAAGGGAAGAAUUAGAUGGUGUGUCUGAUGCAGUCUUCGAACAAUUCGAAAAAUUCAUCGAUGAAGAAACGGGUGAAGAGAAAUUCAAAGUCACUUUCAAAUAUCCUGAUAUUUUCCCUGUCUUAAAAACUGCUAAGAAUCCAGAAACAAGAAGAAAGGCUUUCCUGGCAGAUCAAAAUAAGGUCCCACAAAAUGAAGACCUUUUCGUGGAAACGUUAAAAUUGAGAAAUGAAUUAGCUACAACCCUGAAUUAUUCGACUUACGCCAAUUACAAUUUAGAAGAAAAAAUGGCCAAGAGACAAGAAACUGUUUUAGAUUUUUUAAAUGACUUGAAGUACAGGUUGAAACCAUUAGCAAUGAAAGAAAUUUCAAUUUUGAAGGAUAUAAAGCAAAAAGAAUGUAAGGAAUUGAAUCGUGAAUAUGACAGUCACUAUUACAUAUACGAUCACAGGUACUAUGAUAACAAGUACUUGAAAGAUAAUUUCAAUGUAGAUCUGGAAGCCAUCUCCGAAUAUUAUCCAUUGGAACAUACUAUCAAUGGUAUGUUGAAAAUUUAUGAAGAGCUAUUCAAAUUGAAAUUUAACGAAGAAACAAAAAAUAAAUCAGUAUGGCACGAAGAUGUUAAACAACUGGCUGUCUGGAAGAUGGAUAAUCCAGAGAAACCUGAAUUUGUUGGUUGGAUUUAUUUUGAUUUACAUCCAAGGGAUGGUAAAUAUGGCCAUGCUGCCAAUUUCGGUAUCUCGUCCUCCUACGUAGAUAUCGAAACAGGAAAGAGAUCAUAUCCAGUCACUGCAUUAGUCUGUAACUUCUCAAAGUCCACAGCUACCAGACCAUCGUUGUUGAAACACAAUGAAAUUACCACAUUUUUCCAUGAAUUAGGUCACGGUAUCCAUGAUUUGGUUGGUAAAAAUAAAUUAUCUAGGUUCAAUGGUCCUGGCGCUACGCCAUGGGAUUUUGUCGAAGCACCAUCUCAAAUGUUAGAAUUCUGGACUUGGAACGCAAAUGAACUAAAGUCCUUAUCUUGCCACUAUGAAUCAAAUGAAAAAAUUCCAGAUGAUUUACUCACUUCAUUAAUCAAAACUAAGCACGUUAAUGGUGCUCUUUUUGCUUUGAGACAGCUGCAUUUUGGUUUAUUUGAUAUGACUGUUCAUACAACAAAUAACGUAGAAAGUUUAAACCUGUUGAAAUUAUGGAAUGAAUUGAGAGAAGAGAUUUGUUUAGUUGAGACUGGUCACGAAUUAUCAAAAGGCUAUGAUUCCUUUGGUCAUAUAAUGUCGGAUUCUUAUUCCGCUGGUUAUUAUGGUUAUAUGUGGGCCGAAGUCUUUGCAGCUGAUAUGUAUCAUACAAAAUUCUCUCCAAAUCCAUUAGACAGUGAAGUUGGUGUCCAAUACAGAGACAUUGUUUUGGCUAAUGGUGGUUUAUAUGAAAUUGCCGACAACUUACGUGAUUUCUUGGGUAGAGAGCCAUCAAAGAACGCAUUCUUGAAGGAGCUCGGCUUAGAUGCAGCUUGA